GGCCCCCCUCCUCCCCCUGGCAUAGGCUUCGGGCUAUCCACAGGCCGCCAGCUCAACGUCUCCAAGAUGCGUAACUUCAACUGGGAUGCAAUCCCCAAACACGUGGUGGUGGGCAAACACAACAUCUGGACGGAAGAGAAGACUCUGGGAGAGUAUGAGCUGGACACUCAGAGGAUUGAGGAGCUGUUCAGUCAUAGCCAGCAGCAGGGACAGGGACAAAAGGCUCUGAACAGACAGAGUAUCAGAGGCAAGCCAACCAACAGCCAGGGCACAGAAGUGGUCUCCAUACUGAACUCCAAGAGGAGCAUGAAUGUUGGGAUCUUCCUGAAACAGUUCAAGAGGCCAGUAGGGGACAUGAUCAAGGACAUCAGUUCAGGAAACGGACUGAAAUUUGGGACAGGUAAACUGAAGGAGCUGUGUAAGCUGCUGCCAGAGAAAGAAGAGGUGAAGCAGCUAGUUGGGUUUAAAGGGGACCAGUCAGCUCUUCCUGAAGCAGACCUGUUUAUGAUGCUACUUAUCAAGGUUCCCAGAGUUUUCCCGCUCAUGGAUGAAAUGAAACAAUCCAUCGCCACCAUGAUCACAGCUGGAAAAGAGCUGUUAGAGAGUGACGAUCUACACUCUGUGAUCCGCCUGGUUCUGAAGACUGGAAACUACAUGAACGCUGGCGGCUAUGCUGGCAGUGCCAUUGGCUUCAGGAUGGCAUCGCUACUGAAACUAGUGGACACGAGGGCCAACAAACCAGGCAUGAACCUCAUGCACUAUGUAGUCAUGCAAGCUCAGAAGGUUGAUGUGGCCUUGCUGAAAUUCCCGGACAAACUCACACACAUCGCUGAUGCAGCAAGGAUCCAUAAGGAGGACAUAGAGAGUGAGUUUCAGAGAGAGGUGAAGAAAGUAAAGGAGGCGAAGGAGGAGGCGCAGAAACAGGAGGAGCUACGGGCUCAGAUGGAGGACUUUCUCGAGGAAGCAGAGUGUCGUCUGGCUGAGACUGAGCUCUCUCUGCAGUCGCUGGGUUCAGUCAGUGACUCAGUGGCUGAGUACUUCUGUGAAGACCCCAGCAAGUUCAGACUGGAUGAAUGCUGCUCCAUCUUCAACUCUUUCUGUGAGAAAUUCCUGAGGGCCAUCCAGGAGAACCGUGAUCGUGAGGUGGCGGAGGUGAAGAGGAGAACCAGAGACAGACUGUUGAGUGAUGCUAAUGCUGCUAAACGCCGUUCCACCGCCACCUGCUCCAUACGGGACAAGGACAUGGAGGGUGUGGCCCUGGAGUCCGUACUACGGAAGGUCCUGACCAGUCGUGUGUCCCAAAGGAGAAAAGGCUCGGGCAUGCCCUCCCCCACCAUUAGCAGACUGUCAGAGGUUCCCAUUCAAGCAAACCUUCCCUCGGCAGAACGGGGAAAUCGAAGUUGUGUCAAGGCCACAGAGGUGUGUAAGGAGAAUGAGUGGGACUCAGCCAGAGAUCUGGCUGGGACCUCUCAGAGUGACCAGAAGGACCAGUCCCACAGCAAAAGGAACCGGAGGGAGAAUGUGGUUCCACAUCCUGAGGAGACACAGCAGAACCCUAAGAAACCAGAUGGUUCUACACAGCCAACCAGGAGAACCGGUAGCAGCAGCUCCUCCUCCUGCACCUCCACAGGUAGACCCAUCUCAGUGACGAUGAAGGACAAGGAGGAAAAGGAAGAGGAGGAGGGAAAUGAGGAAGAAGCCCAGAAGUUGCGUGAAGUGUCCAGGAAGGUUCUGAGGUAUCAGAGCAGCCGUGGUAGUCUUUCGUCUGGGGAGUACGGCCUGGAGCAGCAGAAGUCUCCUAAUGCCACCAAUAAUACUAACACCUCCACAAGAUCACCCAACGCUACGACCACUAAUGCUACAUCCUCCACCAUCUCCACCAUCACCUCCACCUCCCCUCACCAGAGGACCUUCCAAGAGGACAGACAGCGGCUGCUAGGAGAUGCAUGUAGAGGCAGCGAGAGCCUGGCUAGAUACCUCCUCAACCCUCACCUCUCCCCCAAGGAAAUAAUCACCCGCAGACACACCUUCACCCUCCCCCCUAAAGCCCCUCCUACUGAGGAAGAGGAAGAAGAAGAGGAUGAUCUGUUUACUUUCCCUACUACUCCGUCUCCUAUUCUGGGGGUCAUAGGGGGGAUGAAGUCAGUAGACACUGAUCUGAUGUCCCUGAAACACAGAGCCUCUGGAGGGCCUAACCGUACCAACCUCCCUGGCCACUCUGAGAAGUCUUGUGUCCGAGACCUGGUGUCUAAGAGCCCCAWGUCAAAACACAAAGACUUGACAGCAAGUUUCAACAUCCCCAGGGACUCUGAAAACAGAGGCUUGGAGGUACCCACCACCCCUCGCCACUGUGAGACAUCUGGUGUCCAGCGGGACAAGGUGUCCAACAGCUUGUCAGCAGCAGAGAGACCUACACACGUAGAGAUAGGAGAGCUGAACCAAGACAAGAGCUCCUCUAUAGUCAAGACAAAACCUCCCCCCUUACACCUAGAACUCAACCACAACCAGGAUGAGGACAUAAAGGAGUUUUCUCCCGCCCCUCUCCAGAUACUCGUCUCCCAGGAACCCAAACAGGCUGACCCUCCUCAAAGCCCCAAACACAAUAUGGCUAACCCCUCUAAGAGCCGGAAGACCAAACUUUCAGAGGGCAAUGGAUUCAUGUCUUUCUUUAAACGCCUGGGAGAGAGGAGCAAGCCAAUGUGAGGAAUCUGGUGUCCAAGACCUGAUGUUCAAGACCUGGUGUCCAAGACCUGGUGUUCAAGACCUGAUGUCCAAGACCUGGUGUUCAAGACCUGGUGUCCAAGAGUGUCAGCAAAGAGUCCUACACACACACACAAGCCCUGAGCCCGAAGCCCAAACCAGACGGCUAUGGAUUCAUGUCCUUCUUUGAACGCCUGGGGAAGAAGAGCAAGCCUUGCUAACAACAAGGAUAUAGACUCUAGACGUGCUCUAGACUCCUGAUUCAUCUAUUGAUUCAGAUUCAGACUACCAAGACAGAUGUUACAUUGUUCUAUGGACCUGGCCCUAUGGACUAUUAACUAUAUUUAUAUCCAUCCAUCCAUUGAUUUUAUAAAGGUUUAAUUAAACGAGAUUGUUGAAGUGGA